AGUUUGAGGAGUGAACAUGACAUCACUAAAGCUUUCUCUCCACCCUAAAUAUUGUGGGAUGGAGGUACACAUUGUCAGGAUCUAAACUCGGAUUCCUCAGAGGUGACAGGGAGAAGAACAACAGAUGCCUUAGGAUUUGGCAGUUUGGUGUUUCCGCCUGUACCUGGUGCAGAUCACAUAUGGAUAUCUGAGUUACAGAUGCUGCUGGGCAGAAGUGUGAAAGGGCAGCAAACGUUAAAAAGAGUGGGGACAUUCCCAGCAUGAGAGCAGAGAGAAAGAUCUGCAAAGCUUAGAGAGAGAGAUAUGCAAAGCUUAGAGUUUCUGCUCUUCAUGAGAACCAAUGACUCCAGGAGAACAGACCUUUUGGAGCAAGUUUAGUAAUAUUGCUCUGAAAAAAACUUUCCCUUGUGCUAAUAUUGGUGACAUUCAACUCAAAGAACUGACAACGCGGUGGGCAUCAGAUAUCUGCAAUAGAGGAUACGUUACGGAUUACACUGAGGUCCUGCUUUGUAUUGUUUCCAUGGAGUGGUCACUGCAGUUAUGGAUGGUCAUUCUGUGUCUCAGUCUGUGUGGGAGUCAGGCUCCUAAAAACUAUUCUUGGUUUCAAGAUCAACCAGGCUUCAAAGUCCUGACCUCAGCUUCACAUUAUUGGCCUCUCGAGGUGGUGAAUGGAAUUCUGCAGGUGCAUCAUAACAGUGAAGACAUAAGAGGUCCUCAUAAUGAAAGUGAUAUAACUGUCGCCAUCCACAACGUCACUGUGCUUCAUUCCCAUAACUCUUCCUCUGUUCAUAUCAAUGAUUCUGCCUACUCUAACUCCUCAGCAACUGUAGACAUCGUAGAGGGGACAGUGAACCAGGGAAUUUACCUGAAUGAGCAUCUCAAUGAACCCAAUGGAUUUUCUUUAUUAUACUUUGGAAGCUACAAAAAUUCCUGCAUUAGUAAUCCAAGUAUAUGUGGGCCUUCAGGAGUAACAUUUUCCUUUUUCUGGAAGAUCGAAGACCAAAAAGAAAACAAUCAAGAUCAUCAACAGAAUAAAAAGCAAGCUCAUGCAUCAGGGAAAAAAGUAACAUCUAGCGGCUUUGAAGUUUUCUCGAACGAAAAAGAGGGUUACGUGGUAGUUUACAACCAUAACAAAUCAUUGAUAUGGAAAGCAAAGAUCAACCCCCCAGGUCUACACUGGACGCAUGUCUUGUUCACCUGGACUUCACUUGAUGGCCUGAAAAUUUAUGUUAAUGGUACAUUUAGUGCCAGCGACUCAUAUGGGCAGGAAUUCCACAGUUACGGAGAUGCAAAGGGUAGUCUGGUUGUGGGGACGAGCACUGAUUCUUCUAAACACUACAUAAACUGUGCGUUUGAUGAGUUCGUCAUCUGGGAGAGAGCACUUAACCCCUCUGAUAUCCAUUUCUACUUUUUGGCUGCUACUGGUAAAGAGGCCUUUAUUACUUCUACAACUUCAAACAUCCCCGGAACUUCACUUCCUACGGUUUCCACAGACGUUUAUUAUUCCAUAUUGUUCAACCUAAACCAAGAGGGUAGGAGGUUUCAUCAUUCCAAACCUGCCCUGGACCUGCUUCAAAAUGUGACACAGGCCCUGCCCAAAAAGUCCUUGUCAAAAGACACAGCAGGAAACCUAACCCAGGCAUUCCUGAAAACAGUGGGAGAGGUUAUGACGGCCACAUCGACUGAUGUCUCCCCUUCUCAGGAUUACGCAGGGGGCCUUAUUGAAAUGGUUGAUAAAGUUACUGGACAAACAGCAGUCAACCUUCAAGAAAACCUAACAGAUAUUGUAACACUUGAGGGAAAAUCAUCUGUUGCAGAUUAUUCCAUGGUGAAGGUGCCUCAAGCUUUGAGUUUAUCCCAUUAUCGCUUUCCAUCUCAAGGGCAGUCAUACAUCUCUGUUCCAGGGGAAGCUUUUCAAAACAAAUCACGAACAACCAUCGUUGGAUUGCUGUAUCAUACUAUGCACUACCUCUAUAAGUGGAUCAAACCUAGUGAUACCAGGAUAUCAGGGGCAGAGAAAUAUGAAGAUCACUUGAUUGCUGCCAGUUACAUUAUCUCUCUAAAAGUGGAGCCUCCUCCAAAUCUGUCUGCAAAUCUCUCCGGAUCCCCACUUAUUACAAUUCAGCUGACACACAUUCUGACCCCUAAACUUUACGCUGAAGCCGUGAAUGACAGUAACAAAGUCUAUAUGUACUGUGCCUUCCUAAACUUCAGUUCGGGCUCUGGUAUAUGGUCCAACGAAGGCUGUGUUCGUGUUGAAGGCAACUGGAAUUACUCCGUCUGUCGUUGCAAUCAUCUUACCAAUUUUGCUAUUCUGAUGCAGGUGGUUCCAUUUAAGGUACCGGAAAGCCACAAGGUGGCACUGUCCUCCAUCACUUACAUUGGUUGUUCCCUGUCGAUUUUCUGCCUGGCAAUUACAUUGGUCACAUUUGCUAUAUUGUCGUCGGUCAGCACCAUAAGAAAUCAGCGAUACCAUAUCCAUGCCAACCUCUCCUUUGCAAUCCUGGUGGCUCAGAUUCUGCUCCUCAUAAGUUUCCGUUUUGUUUCAGGGACGCUGCCAUGCAAGAUCAUAGCCAUCCUGCUUCAUUUCUUCUUCCUGAGUGCAUUUGCCUGGAUGCUUGUGGAAGGUCUGCACCUCUACAGUAUGGUUAUUAAGGUGUUCGGAUCAGAGGAGAGCAAGCACUUCUACUAUUAUGGAAUCGGAUGGGGCUCUUCGCUUGUUAUCUGCAUUGUAUCUGUAACAUCUGCACUGGACAGCUAUGGAGAAAGAGCAAAUUGCUGGCUUUCUCUUGAGAAGGGAGCGAUCUGGGCUUUUGUGGCACCGGCACUGUUUGUGAUUGUGGUUAAUAUCGGCAUUCUCAUAGCAGUGACCAGAAUCAUUUCCAGAAUUAGUGCUGACAACUACAAGGUGCACAGAGAUGCCAAUGCAUUCAAGUUGACGGCAAAAGCCGUUGCUGUGCUUUUGCCAAUUCUAGGCAGUUCCUGGGUCUUUGGAGUUCUUGCUGUCAAUGAGCAAGCAAUAGUUUUCCAAUACAUGUUCGCCAUAUUCAACUCAUUGCAGGGUUUUUUCAUCUUUCUUUUCCACUGCCUCCUGAACUCAGAAGUAAGAGCAGCAUUCAAGCACAAAACCAAAGUUUGGUCACUCACCAGCAGUUCCAUUCGCAACAUCAAUGUGAAGCCUUUCAACUCAGACAUCAUGAAUGGAAACAGAGCCAACACGUCUCCUACCAAGAUGAAUACAUGGGAUAAAAGUAGCAACUCAGCCAAUAGGAUUGACUUGUCUGCAGUGUGAAGUAGAGAGGACUCCACUUUAACCAAAGAAGAGCUAUAGUGCCUUUCAUGUACUUUAUUGCCUUAAUUCCAGUUCAUGCCAUCUUUUCUCACUUACAAAUACACACAACAAAGAAAACAUUGCUGUGGUUUUGUAUUAUUAACAUCACAGGAACAAAAUGCUCUACAGAUGUUUUAUUGCAAAAACACUCUGCUCUGUGACCUAUUGUACACUGUUAGCUGUAUGUGGAAUGGAGGCUCAGAGAUCAGCCCUUUCAUCUCAUCUCUUAUACAUGAAUACAAAUGAAGAAAACAAUGUAGUAUGCAAUACUUAUUCAUACAGUCGCUUUCUUUCUUUCCUGGAAAGAAACUGUGACAUUUAAAUAAAAAAUAGAUUUUACACUUUGCAGACAUUGUAUACCUAUAACUUUUAAUUCUGCAAUACUGCAGAUUAUGUGGCUAUUUCCUUCCUUUCUCCCUCCCUUCCUUCCUUCCUCCCUUCCUCCCUCUUUAACACAAAUGCUGUUGAUGUAUAAGAUAUAAAUAGACUAAAGAAAACACCUAUAUGCAGAAGAAGCAGUUAAGACAUAAUUUUUUGCCUUGUGAGAGUACGAUGGCAUACACCUGUUCAAUUGGCCAGGAGAUUUACUGCUGAGUAGUGACUAGGCAGUGACACUUUACUCUUACAGGCAAAUCCCAGUUAUUGUUAGGCACUACUGCCUACACAUGUAACAGAUUUACACACUGAAACAUGCACAAAGAUUCCUCGUGGCUGAGGAGUAUUUCGAAUAAAAAAAAGGCUACGAUACACUACUCUACUGUACAUACUGUAUAGGAUUUGGUAUAUUAUAUCCCUCCUGCUGAGACAUGUUUCUAAGCAGUGUACUACAAAAGAGUUUUAUCAGCUUAACUCAAGCAAUUAUUAUUUUGUACAAAACAGAAAUGAGAUAAUUUCUUUAGAAAUGUUGUUUAAAUCACUUUAAAAGACAAUAAGAUCCUGAAGUGUUAGGGUGUCACAUCUGCUGUGCUUUCUGUGUGAUACUAAACAGGAAUGUACAGCUGCUGGGCCUUCAUCUGCUGUUCAACUCCAAAUCCCAGAUUCCCUUGGCUACCUCUGGUUGUCAAAGGAUGAUGGAAGUUGCAAUAUAAUAGCAGUUGAAGGCUCAGGUCAGACAUGCCUAAUCUAAGAUAAUAUUGGGAACAUUACUGUGAAAGAUUUCAUUUUCUGUUGAUUUAAUGUAAUACAUUAUUUUUGGGAGACAAACACUGCAAUUUUGCUGACCAGCUUUGGAAAUCCAUUGGUCUCACAGUGUGCUAAAUCAACUACCUGUUUUAUUAAGCAGAAAAAAGCAAAUCCGCGGCUUGCUUUAUUUUAAUUUAUUGUAGAAGGCCAGGGCACAUUAGCAUUUUGGGCUGUGGAUCCAUCUGUAAUAAUUUAAGGUAAGCAAUUUUGGUGACAGCCACAUACUGCUGAUCCAAGGCCCUGAAUAUUUAUAUGACAAAUGACAUCACAAUUCAGGCAUCUGACCAGGCUUGCUUGCUCUGGAACCAGAUACAUCAACUCUUUCAUUUCAUUGAUGGAGAUCCCAGCUUUGAUAGCACCCGCCAUUUACAUUAUGUCUUUAAAUCUAAGUGUCAAAUGGGAUGCAAAGUAAUAUAAAUUACACAGAACAAGAUAUUUAGACUUGUGUUCAUAAAUCAUGUUUGUAUUUGCCGAUAACCUCAUACCCAUUCAACAGACGUUUUGAUAUUUGCAUUCUGGGCUCAACCAUAUCAGAGCACAUUUCUGUGAAAAAUAUUGUUUUAUAUAUACAAUGGGGUGAAUUCAUUUAGUUGUUUACUGUAAAGAUGUUUAAAUAUUUAUCAUUUUGAUUUUAUUUUCCAGAGAUCCUCUAUAUAUUUUGGUAAAGGGUUAUAUACAGGCAUAUUGCAUCCUUCUAUGACUUGCAGGGCAUUGUCACAUAUUUACAUAAUGCCAGGUACCAUUUGCUCUCCUAGUGCAUGUACUGCAUUGACGGCACACUCAGAGCCCUCUGUGGGUAGAACAGACAUCCUCCACCAGAUUUACAGUGAAUCACAGAAGCAGUUUGCAGAAAACCCCUGACUUUGAAGUGGAGGGAAAUUCUCAUUGCAGCAUGGGAUCUGUGGGAGGAUGCAUCAACAAGCCAAUACGCUCCUUAUCCCAACAGGAUUUUAAAACCUUGCCAAUUGACAUCUGGCCAAUUUUCUGUAAGAUAUUGGUCUGGCUGGUAGUCCCGUCAGAGGGCCCCAUACAUGGGCCAGCUUUUAUUGGCCUGUGUAUAGUCACCAUUACAGGAUUCUAUAGGCUGUACCUCUGUAACUACAGCGUUGAAGUCAUCACUACCCCAAAAGGGCACAUAACAUAAUUGGAAAAGGCAUUUUACAAUAUUUUGUACACGCAUGGAAUCCUUGGAACUCUUGGAGACUGCCUAGUGCCUUUACAUAAUGUGGAGCUUUCCGGAUAUCCAGGUUCUGCAAGAGAGAUCCCAUACCUGUAAUUAAAUGUCUCUAUGCAUUAGAAGAUCUAAAGUUGUUGUAUAAUGUGCUUUUUUCCACAAGACCAAGGCAAGCAUGGUUUUUCUUAGAUGCUUCAGCCUAUAUAAUAGCUUAUGUUGGAUACACGUGGGGAGAUUUGCCUAUUAAGCCCAACCCCCAUAGUACAUAUAGAAUUAAUAAGGUGGGCAAGCCCAUUCAGUUAGCCAGCGACUAACAAAUCGAACCCGUACACAUUGGCAGAUGUCACCAGUUUGACUGAUUUUGCCUGAUUUUGUUUUCUUCCCUGUUUUAAAACAAAGGCUACAGUUCUUCUGAUCAAAGGUUUUGGAAACAAAAAAGAAGUACUUUUAUUAAUGUGAAUGCUAUACUCAAUGAUUUAUUUAAGAUAUGCUUUUUUGCCAACAAUGCGCCUAUAAAUCAGUUUUAAAUUUAAUGUCUAAAUAAUGUAUAAUGGAAGCAAGCAGUGUUAAUUGUAUGAAUAUAGAUUUUACUCAGUGGUCAAAUGACAGAUUAUUAAAUUAUUAAUGCACAAAAUUGCAUUAAAUAAACGUGGUGUCUUUCUUUAUAA